AUGAUCUCAAUGAGUACGGUUGUCAGAUUAUUCAUCGUGGGUAUUCAGCAGAAAGCAGGACCUGUGGCGAGCAGCACGAAUGCUCUCUCACCUGGGUUGGGAAAUAAUGGGAUGAGGCUCUUUCUUAUCCGCCACGGCGAAACCGUGGACAAUGUUGCUCAAGUAUAUGCUGGCGUCCGAGACUCUGCCUUGACCAACCACGGCGUGCUCCAGGUCAACCGACUUGGGCAGCAUCUGGCAAAGUCAGGCGUGAAGCUUACUCAUAUCUUCUCGUCGGAUUUGUUACGAGCGUUUCGUACCGCCGAAGCAAUCCGUCUCGCACAGGCGGAUCAGCAUGGUCCCAAGGACACGGCUGUACUGGAAACCGUGCAGCUCUCUAUUUUGAGAGAGCAGGACUAUGGCUACUAUGAGGGCAAGCCAUUUUACGCUAGGAAUCGGGACUCGAAGAGGAGUGGCAGAGAUGCCCACCUCGACGAGCAUCGAAAGGAUGACGGGUUCAAGGAGCCAGAGUCCAAAGAGUCCAUGGCUUUGCGGAUGGAGUCCUUUCUAGGCCAGCAUCUAUUGCCUGUUUUGCAGGCUUAUGCCGACGGUGAAAGCGAAUCGUCUGCGUCGCGAACCUCAGUUGCUGUCGUCGCUCAUGGCAUGAUCUUGUCGAGCUUGUGGAGAUGUCUUCUCCGGAGAUUCCCUCCAAAGUCGAUAUCCCUCGGGCCCGAGGUCGUUGCUGAUGGUCGCGCAGUGGCGCUCCAGUACCUUGGUGCUUGGUCCAACACUGGGUAUCUUGAGAUUGAACUGCAGCGGAUGGAGUCCGACACGGCAGUGGUUACUCCAACCAUCGUUGGUUUAAGCGACGCCGCGGAAUCUUCCAUCUCGCUCACGGAGACCCAUCUGCUUGGAUGGACUGGUGUCAUCCGAACCAUCAAUGGCAAAGAGCACCUCCGAGGGCUGAAGCGCACUGGCGGUGGAGUCGGCAGCGCCAAACACGAGGAAGGUCAGCGAACCAUUGAAAGCUUCUUCAAGCGACAGAAGCGCAAUUAGGCUAGCAGCAUCUUGUAGAAGAGCUAUGGUGCAUGCUAGCCCUGCGAUGAAAUGGUGAGUCUAUAUUGCAUUUUGCAUACUAUUUGUUUUCGCCUUUUGCAUCUUACAACAUCUCUAUGAUGAGAAACCAAAUUCACAUAUCACAGACCUGUUCUGAGCCUUUUA